AUUAAAAAAAAGUUUAUUUCAACUUUAACAUUGAGACAGUGAAACGAUUGACUUUCGAAACGAAAUGAGCGAUCUAAAAGAAUAUCCGGAAGAUGCAACUGAAAUCCGUGAGCUCAUCGAACGUCGUCGUCACUAUUUGAAUGUGGUUUCUGCCACUGCAAUUCUCGCAACAUUCCAAUGGUGUACAACUGUCGGAUGGUAUAUUUACCUAUCGGAAGCUUAUGCUCACAUGGCUGAUAGUUUGGUGCAUAUUUCAUUUAUGAUUACUACUUGUGUGAUGUUCCUGGUGAUUUCCUUGGUCUAUUUUUCGAUUUUUACCAAAAAAUGUGCACUUCUGGUAUUCCUCACUCUUCUCUACUUCGCUGCUGCUUCGCUGAAACUUUUCCAAAUUGCAAACCAGCAUCUGGAUCCAGGAUUCCGUCGUCACUUUAAGAGCACAUUCACCAAAUAUUCCGAGUAUGGCCUUUUGAGCUUGUUCUACGACUCCAUCAUCGUCUUCACUUCCAUUAUCAACUGUGCAAUGUGCAUUUGUGGCUCAUGGCACUUCACACCACUAGUGAUGGUUAAGAUGAACUUUAGGAAGACAGAAGAAGAAGCGGUGGCACGGGCUCUGGGAAAAUUGAAGAAGACCAAAUUGUCCAGUUGCAAUAUUACCAGUUCGAAUGAUAAUUCUGCUCAUAAAUUGUCGCAUGGAGCCAAAGGAAAACGUUUUAUUUCGAAGAAACACCAAAAGAAGACUGUCCAAGCUCAGAUUAAUGAAAAUGCUGAUGUCACUGUGACAACAUCUGGUGCAAUGGAUGUGAAGGGAGAAGUGAGAGUAGCGUAGAUGUUCGGAUCAGGACAAGGAGAUGGAAGGGCCCAUUUAUGUUUAUGAAUAAAAAUAUCAGUUUGUAUA